AUGGCAAGCGGGACGCAAACGUAUAAUUUUAAGGGUAUCACCACGAUCCCUACGGCCACGGCGCUGCUGGACACCGUGCUGUCGGAAACCCAGCGCCGCACGCCAACGGAGGUCCACAAGCAGUUCAAGAUAUCCCGUAUUCGGAAGUUCUACAUGCGCAAGGUGAAGUAUGUGCAGCAGGCUUUCCGAGACCGGCUUCAACGCAUCUUGAGCCAGUUGCCUCAGUUGGAUGACAUCCACCCCUUUUACAGCGACCUAUUCAAUGUGCUGUAUGACCGUGACCACUACAAGCUCGCAUUGGGGCAUUGCAAUGCAGCUCGUCGUCACCUGGACAAAAUCGCAAAAGAGCACGUAGGAUUGAUCAAGUAUGCGAUCUCCGCUUAUCGCUGUAAGUCGCUCAAGGUCGCCGGCCUGGGUCGCAUGGCCAAGGUCAUCCGCAAGCUGGCUGGCAGUUUAAAGUAUCUGGAGGAUGUGAGGCAGCACAUGUCCCGUCUGCCUUCGAUCAACCCCUACACGAGGACCCUGUUGCUGACCGGUUACCCAAAUGUGGGUAAAUCCAGUUUCAUGAACAAGGUCAGCAAGGCCAACGUGGACGUUCAGCCGUACAGCUUCACCACGAAGAGUCUGUACGUGGGCCACUUCGAUCACGACUACCUGCGUUGGCAGGUGAUCGAUACACCCGGUCUGCUGGACCACCCCCUGGACGAGCGCAACACCAUCGAGAUGACAGCCAUUACUGCACUCGCGCACAUAUACUGCGCAGUGUUGUUCUUCAUUGAUGUCAGCGAGUCCUGCGGUUACUCGAUCGAGCAGCAGGUUGCGCUCUUCGAGUCAAUCCGCCCGCUGUUCAAGGACAAGCCUACAUUGGUGGUGCUGAAUAAGAUCGAUUUGGGCCCAUUUGACAUGAAUCGCAUGGUUAGUUUGGAUGGUUUACGCUGGGUAAAGGUGUCUGCCUUGACUGGCGAGAACGUGGACGACGCCAAGAUUGCCGCUUGCCGGCUCUUGCUCGAGUCGCGUUUGGAGAAAAAGCUGAGCCAAGCGCCGCAGAGCGCGGUGCUUAAGUUGGCUUACGUGACCAACGUUACCCCUAACCCUUCUCGUCCCCCCGCUGAGCGUCCUGAACACGCUGGUUCCGGAGAGGUCGAAACCGAGAAGCAAUUGGAGGCGAUGGGCGGUGGUCCUGGUGUAUACUCCAUAGACCAACGCAAGAAUCACAUAUUGGCUGACGACGAUUGGAAAUACGACGAGGUGCCCGAGAUUUAUCGCGGGCGCAACGUGGUCGACUACGCGUACCCCGGUAACGAGGAGACCUUGCGCCGCCUGGAGAAGGAAGAGGAGCUGCUGUUGCGCCAACUCGCGGAUGACACCAUCGAUGACGAAUGGGAGGACCUUGCCGAACGUGAGGCAUCGUUGCACUCCCGCAUUCGCCAGGUGAAGUUCGAGAGCUCGCUGAAGCGCAAGAAGGGCGGACCAGUGCUGAACGAGACCAUAAAGGUCAAGAAGAUGCGCAGCAAGGGCAAGGAUCGCAUCAAGUUGCACCAGCGUGCAUCUCGUCUUGCGCCAAUGCCCAUCGACACAAUUGAGGGCAAGCUCGAGGAGGCCAAGAGUCGCCAGAGGCAGGGCCAAGGUGAAUCAGUGUCCUUCGCUCGCCCUAAGGCGCGUGUCAAGGUCCCCAAGGGCACAUUCAGCGAACACGAUCGCACGAUAGCGGUGAAGCGUCCGAAGCACAUGUUCACCGGCAAGCGCACGUUGGGUAAAACAUCCCGCCGUUGA